UCACUAGGUGUUUGACAUUUGAAGAAAAAACGAGAGGUUAGAGUGAAUGUUUAAAAAAGAAAAUAAACAAGUUAAAUCCUCCAAAAAUAGUUGAAUAAGCCUUUUGUAAUAUAAAAGUAACCCUUUUUGUGCUAGUGAGAAGAGAUGGAUCAAGACUGCGGAAUUGCGAGUUGCUCAAAAAAUAAUGUCGAUAUUCAGCAGGACGAAGAGUUAGCUGAGCUUACGUUGGCCCAAGGGAUUAACGUUUGGGGCAAAAAUCAACAAACUUUAGAAGAACAAGCGUUGGAAGAAAUUAAUAUUUUUACGCAACAAAAUGCAACAAAGGAUGUGGAGGAAGGCGAAAUUAUUGAGGAUCAGAAACAGGAGAAAGUUUCGUCUUUAGACAUCACGAGUUACAUCAAACGGCAAGAAGAGUUGAGGAAAAUACAAGAGUACAAAAAGACGUUACAAGUCAAAGAUAAAAGCAAAAUAAUCGCUGACAAGCUCACUGAAAAGGAGAAGAGGGGUUUUAAGAAGCGUAAACGUAGUGCUAGUGAAAAAGAACCUAUGAAGAAAAAAGUUGCAAUAGAAAAGGCAGAAGGAAAUGAUUCUGGGAGUGAAUACGUUCCUUCUGAGGGUGAAGACAGCGACCUCGAGAGAGAUUAUAAACAAUUAAGGAAACAAAAAAAUGUUACAACAAAAAAUAGCGUUGAAAAAAUCAGAGACGACGGUUGUUUAAAGUCUUACAAAAACAGACUAAAAGAGCACUACAAACAGCUCGAAUCUGAAAUUAAUUGCGAGGAGGCGGACUCCGAAAUCCCCGAUUUUUACACCAUUAAAGGAGGUCUAAAAAUACCAUUAAAAAUUUGGUGUAACUUAUACCCCUACCAGCAAGAGGGUGUAAGGUGGUUGUGGAACCUUCACAGACAGUCCGCUGGUGGUAUUUUAGGGGACGAGAUGGGUCUGGGGAAAACCGUCCAAGUGAUCGCUUUUUUGGCAGGUCUUGAGUACAGCAAAGUCAUUUCCUUUGACCGUUUCAAAGGUCUGGGCCCCACGCUAAUUGUUUGCCCCGUGACGGUAAUUUACCAGUGGGUGAAACACUUCCACGAUUGGGCCCCGGAAUUUCGCGUGGCGAUUUUGCACCAAAGUGGCAGCUACGAGGGGAAUAUGUCAAACUUAAUUAAAGAAAUACACAAAGAUAGGGGAAUUUUAGUUACAAGUUACGGGGGUAUUUUAAAGUACAAAGAAAAUCUCGCACAAUUCGAGUGGCAUUAUGUGAUUUUGGAUGAGGGUCAUAAAAUUCGAAAUCCUAACGCUAAGGUCAGCGUUGCGGUGAAAAAGUUUAGGACGCCACAUAGGCUUAUGCUGACUGGGAGUCCCAUGCAAAAUAAUUUACAAGAACUUUGGAGCUUGUUUGAUUUUACUAAUCCGGGGAUGUUGGGGAAUUUGGCCACUUUUAUGGAGCAUUUUAAUAAUCCUAUAGUGCAGGGAGGGUUUGCCAAUGCAACUCCUAUGCAAGAAGCAACAGCGCUGUCAGUUGCAACAACUUUAAAAACCUUGAUCACUCCUUACUUAUUGAGGAGGUCAAAAAAUGAAGUUCAGGAGCAUAUCAGUUUGCCCAAUAAGAGCGAGCAAGUUUUGUUUUGCUCUCUUACUGAGGAACAGCGAGAGUUAUAUAAGGGAUUUUUAAUGAGCGAUCACGUUGCAUCGAUUUUGGGAAGUUCCAAAAACUGGUUUGCGGAAAACCAAACACGAGCAAACGUCCUAAUUUCAAUAACAGCUUUAAGAAAAAUUUGUAAUCAUCCAGAUAUUUACUUACAUGCAGCUGGUGAGGAGGCAGAAGAUGAUCAAAACGUUUGUGAUAAAAAAUUUGGAUAUUAUAAAAAGUCCGGGAAAAUGAUCGUAGUGUCGGCUUUACUAAAAAUUUGGAAGAAACAAAAACACCGAGUUUUGUUGUUUACUCAGAGUAGGGCAAUGAUUACGAUUUUUGAAGAGUUUCUAAAACAGCAGGGGUACACGUAUUUAAAAAUGGAUGGCAGCACGGCUGUUAGUUCCAGACAGCCUUUGAUAAAUAAAUUUAAUGAAGAUUCUAGUUACGACGUAUUUUUAUUAACUACUAAAGUUGGUGGUUUAGGAGUUAAUUUAACUGGCGCUGAUAGAGUAAUUAUUUAUGAUCCUGACUGGAAUCCUGCUACAGAUACCCAGGCCAGGGAGCGUGCCUGGAGAAUCGGUCAGGAGAAGCAAGUUACGAUUUAUCGGCUCCUUUCGGCCGGAACAAUUGAAGAAAAGAUGUAUCAGCGGCAAGUUUGGAAGCAACUUCUCAGUAAUAAAGUCCUUUUGGACCCAAAAACGCGUAAAUUUUUCAAAUCAUCAAACCUUCACGACCUGUUUUCACUGCCAGAAAAUCGGGACGAUUCAAAUCCCGAAACUACAAACAUAUUCCGGGACGCUAGAGUGAAAAUUCAGGAACAACUAACCGAAAAACAGAAGAAAAAGUCGGAGACUUUUCAGUUCUCUGAAGAUAAAAUUCAAGCCAUGAAAAAUCGGGCCCAAGAAAUAGCGAAAAGCAUAGCAAAGCCGCAAGAACAGAAAACGUCGUAUCAAAUCCAGUUGGAGGAAGAACGACAAGAGAAAUUAAAAAUGAAGGAGGAGUUAAAACAACUAACCCCGUUAGAGUUAAUGCGUUUGAAUAGGGAGAAAGCGCAAGAGCGGCCUGAGUCUCCCACCAAUAAGGUUGACGAUUGUAACACCAGUGUUAGUUUUUCCAAAGCGUUGGAAUACUCGGAAAAAAAUGCGAAAUUGUAUCACAAAAUAAGGAAAGAUGAAAAACGGGAAAGUGGGAGUAAGAAAAAAAAAUCAAAAGAGAAAGAUAUUUUCAAGACUCUGAUAGACAACACUGGGUUAGUUGAGGGCGAAAAGGUGGACGGUUUGGUUAAAACCGAAAUUAAAAAACUGCGAAAGAAACACGAAGUUGGGAAAACGAACGAAAGUCAAGAUAAUUACGUUUUGGAAAAGUUGUUCAGUAAGAAGGGAGUUUCAGGGGCACUUCAACAUGAUUCUAUUUUGAACAGUGGAGUCAAGACUCAGAGUUUCAGAGUACAAACAGAAGCUAAAUUGAGGGCCGAUAAGGCCCUAGAGGCACUCAGGAAAUCGCGUCUUAAUAGUUGGAGGUGGUAAUUUCAGUAUUUUGUAUGAAUUUUGUAUUUUUUUGUAAAUAAAUGUUUUUUACUA